AUGUACGUCUCCUCCCCCCGCCGCCGCCGCGCCCCAAACCCAAUUCGCAUCCGCCGCCACGCAAACAGUCCUCUCCUCGCCGGCCGCAGCCCCGCGCCCUGGACGCCAGACCACCCGGUUCCCCCGACCCCUUCGACAAUAGCGUCCCCGGACUCCGCCGAUACCCCGACGUUUCCCGUGAGCCCUCCAUCCGCGACAGUGUCGACAUGUAAAACGUUAUGGGAUACCGUUCUAGAGCGUACUCCCGAUGAAUCGUUCUCGGAAACAGCGGAUCGGGGUUGUGGAACGGAUCAGGAUUGGGGAAACAAGUCGCCGUACCCCUCGACGGAGGACUCGCCGGCAUCAACAUAUUGGGGGGUUGCCGAACUGGAGCGAACGAAAGAUAGCCCCGGCGAAGUGACGCCUGGUGCCAGUGUUAGUCCUCGUACUGUGGGCAUUCCGAGGACGCCUGCCAGUACACCCGUUGCUGGGCGGGCUGGGUCUGCGAUUGCUGUUGGUAGAAGAGGAGGGGUGUCAAAGUUGAGGAGGAUUAUGUAUUCUCCUGGGUUGCCUGUUUCGCCGCCGCUGCGAUGGUGGAAGGGUGAGGGAUAUAGGCCGGUUCGUGGGGCUGAUGGGGAGGAUGAGAGUGAGAGUGGGAGCGGUAGUGAUGGUAGUUCACCCCGACCUCAGCCACGACUUCACCACGGCUUUGCAGAGAUUCAGACCCCUAUUGAAGCAUCAUUUCAUUACAUCAGCUCUCAAACAAUGACAGACCUACAUACCCGCCAUUUCUCCCACAUCGGAGGUAACUCCACCGAACUCCUCGACCGUCUCGCCGUUUCUGAGCUCUGCAAAGGCUGGCCUGUCUACCGCGAUGCAAGCGAAUGGGCCAACUACCGCUCCCUCUUCACCAAGGAUACCUACGUUUGGACCACUUGGAGCGGCGCACAGCCCAUUGACGACUUCAUUCGCAUGUCCAUCGCGGGCAAGUCGGCAGGGGCCUCCAUCAUGCACCGUGAAUGCGGCACUCUUGUUGAGCUGAAACCAGAUACGGGCCGCGCCGUGGGCAAGAUGAAGGCCACCAUUACCCAACGCUUCAAGCACCACGACGGCUACGAGUACGACGUCGACUGUGACUGUCGGUUCCUCUUUUUCUAUGAGAAGACGAAGGAAGAGAGAGGUGAUGGCAUCGAGAGGGAUGAGGAACACUGGAAAGCUGCGUACGUCAAACUUAUAUAUGAAAAGGACAAGAUUGUACCCGUGGAUGGGGCCAGGGCACCAGUCUUCGCGGACGAGGUGCUGGCUAGGUAUCCUGCGGGAUACAGAUACCUCGGAGCUGCGCAGUGUACUUUGGGGUACGAGAUUGAUGCCAAGCUUAUCACGGGAGAGGACGAGAGGGCUUGCAGCAAGAUGUACCAGAGUAUGGAGAGGUGGUUGGAGGGGGAAGAUGGUCCGGUUGGCCUUUUCGAGACUUGA